AUGGAGUUCGUGCGCCUGUCGAAGUAUGCUGUUCAUAUGAUGCCUACUAUGGAGGCAAGAGUGCGUCGAUUUAUGCAGGGCCUUAGCCCUUUUAUUAUUAAUGAGGCUACCACAACUGUUCUAAAUUCUAACAUGAACUAUGGGAGGAUGGUGGCAUUUGCCCAAGAUACAGAGGCCCGAAAGUUAAAGCUCAGGAUGGAACGGGAAAGUAGUAGUAGGGCCCGAUCAGCGGGCAACCUUGGGGAUUCAUUCGGAGGUGGGAGAUCAGCUUUUCGGGAAGGAUCAUCAGGGCCGUCCCAGUCUUAUGCUCAGUCUUCAGCUAGUGUCCCACCAUCAGGGCACGGUCAGCAAUGCGGAAUGAGAGGUCAUAUUCAGAGGGAGUGUCGUGCAUCCCGUCAGGGUACAAGCAGGGGCACAGCUCAGUCAUCCAGUCCUACAACUGCCAUAUCUUCAGCACACCCUCCAGCUCGAGGCUCUUCAGCAAUCGCAGGGUGUGGUACAGCUGGGGGUAGUGCACAGAGUUCGGGAGGACCCAGCCGAUUCUAUGCUAUGUGUGGUCGACAGAGUGCAGAGGCUUCCUCAGAUGUCGUCAUAGUCCGGGUACCAUCAAUUGAAGGUGAGGGAGUAGGAUAUUCCGAAAACAGCUUUUAG